AUGCAUUUUUCCCAAUUAGGCCACGGAACAACAACUUACCUCGAAGAUAUGGAUAGUGUCAGUGGUUGUGAGACCCCGUCUAAAAUUCCACUGGGUCAGUACCUAUUCUGGAGACUGCUGUCAUGCGGAACAAAACUGUUUUUGGAGUUCCAGGCGACUUCAACCUGGGAUUGUUGGAGCAUAUGUAUUCGCCUGAGGUGACGGCUUCAAAACUCCAGUGGAUUGGAACCUGUAACGAGCUCAACGCGGCGUACGCAGCCGACGGGUAUUCUCGCUGCACCAAUAAAAUCGAGUGUCUCAUCACCACAUUUGGGGUCGGAGAGCUUCCUGCUCUGAACGGUGUGGCAGGAGCGUUUGCCGAAAAUGUCAAAUUAUUGCACAUUGUGGCUGUGACACCGUCAAAAUUUUGGGCUCACGGUAACGAGCGCGCUUCAUAUAACGUUCACCAUCUCGUUCCUGCUCUCUCAAACUCAAAUUUCGAACCUCCUAAUCAUCGCGUAUACUUCGAUAUGAUACACGAUCGAGUCUCGUGUUCCAGCGCCUUUCUAGACGACAAAAACACAGCCUGUGACCAGAUCGAUAAAGUCAUCAAGGACAUCUACCAAUGCAGUCAACCAGGCUAUAUUUUCAUUCCCGCCGAUUUUUCUGACAAGUUGGUUUUUGGAACAGAAUCUCUGCGAACGGCCCACGAUUUCGCUGAGCAAUGCUAGGAUCAAAUUGCGUGGCAGUGACGAAGAUGCUGCAGUUUGCGCAAAACUCAUUUUGCAAUAUCUGUAUGAAAGCAAGGCACCAGCAGUGAUCGCGAAUGCUCUUUGUGACCGUUAUGGUAUGAAUCACACGCUUAACAAACUCGUGAAGAAAUCCAACGUUUGGACCUUUAGCUCUCCCAUGGGGCGAUCCAUAUUGGAUGAAUCUUGCAAGAACUUCAAAGGGUACUUCAACAGGCGUGAACUGACCCUAGAGUCAUUAAUAACAUCAUGCAGUGUGAUUUUGUCUUACACGUUGGCGUGGUCAAAAACGAGAUAAAUGCUGGCAACUACUCUCUUAACUUUCAACCCCACGCACAAGUUAUGGAGUUGCACCCAGAAUAUAUCCAGAUUUCAAGUAUCAAUGGCAAGAGCGAAAAUCGUAUGUUCAGCGGGUGUUUGAUGGAGAAAGUUCUCCAUCCAGUACUCAAUGAGCUGGACGUUGCACGACUUGACAUGAGCUACCCUUCAUGUGAGACAAAAGAUGUUGAGAAUCAAUUGGUUCAGAUGCAGCAACAGACGAUAACCCAAGACUUUCUUCACAAAAGCUUACCCAAGAUAAUCAACGCUGGUGAUAUUCUAAUUGUGGGAACCGGUUCAUUCCAGUUUGGAAUUCGUGAUCAAGUUUUCUCCUCCAAUCUGAAAUACAUAUGGCAGACUUUUUAUCUUUCCAUUGGAAUGGCUUAACCGUGCGCUCUCGGCGUGAGACUCGGUAUGAGAGACCACCCGCUGCACCACGUAUGCACAAUGGAAUCACCUAAACUAGUACUUUGUGAAGGGGACGGAGCUGCCCAAAUGACGGUUCAAGAACUGACCACUUUCUUGCGCUACAAAGUUCCUCUGGAGAUUUUCAUCUGGAUCAAUAGUGGCUAUACUGUCGAGAGAGCCAUUCGAGGUCCAACGAGGCCAUACAAUGAUCUCAUGGCCUGAUACUGGACGAAGCUGCUCAAUGCGCUUGGAGACAAAGACGGUAGCAUGUCUAGCAGCAAGUUGCUUCAAAACGCUGACGAAUUUUUGGAAUAUAACGAAACGUUCCGCAAACCUCACGACAAGCUUGUUAGGUUGGCAGAAGUGAUUUUAGAUGUGAUGGACUUCCCUGAACAACUGAAAACCAUUGCAGUGGCCAAUAAACAU